GGCCUGAAACGGCAGCUUUCCUGCUCGCCGUGCUGUGUUCAUCCAGCUCUAUACCUUGUUAUCUGUAAAUUGAAUGCUUUUUAAACAAAAUACAACGUAUCUGUAAACACAAAUUCAGCCCAUAGAUUUACAUGUAUACGGGAGACUGUAAGUAUGGUUUGGUGUGAUUUCUGAGCUCGUCCACCCCACUCUAACUCCGGUAUUUCUGCAUCAAAACGGUCACUAACAGUGCCUGUACAGCCGAACCUCAAACAACGACCGCCAUCUUGUGAGUGGACGGUUGGAGCCGGCGGGAGGGUCCGCGCGCUCAGUUCGGGGCUGCGCAGCCGCAGUGAGCACCGGUUCCUGUGCUGGAGCUGCAACAAGGAUCAGCGUCUCCCAUAGUGAUAGGUCACAUCAAAUGAUCGAAUCUGUUCACCUGUACUAGCAAGAGCCAAUGGAUUUUGAAGCACAUUAUGAGCAUUUGUGUGCUCUUCAUGACCUGGUUCCACUAAAAGCUGUGAAGGCAAAUUUAAAUCAGGGUGUUUUUGACAUUAAUGGUGAUUGGAUCAAGCUGUCUGAGUGGGCACCAAUUUUCAGCACCAUCAGUAUUAACAAGAAUUUAACUUUCCUUGCUAUUAGAAGUUACUAUCAACUUGGCCUUGGAGAAACAGGGAGUGAAAGAUCUAAACAGAACAUCAGAAAACACAUACCAGCCAUCCGAUCAAGAGACCUUACAAUUCAACUGUGCAAAUCAGUUAGAGAUUCUCUGAGUGUUUCCAGUUCUCUAAAAACUUUGGAGUUAGAAGGAUUACCCUUGAGACACGGAGAUCUUCUGACAUUAACAAAGGGUCUAUCCAGGACAAAAACACUACAGAACCUUUCAUUAGCACGUUGUCCAAUAGGAGAUGAUGGACUGGAAAUCAUUUGCCAGAGUGUGAAGCAUUCAGCAACUAUGAAAACAGUCAACUUCACAGGCUGUAACAUAACAUGGCGUGGAGCAGAGCAUAUGACCAGCAUUAUUAAGUAUCAAGCAACAAAAAGACAUAGUCAAGUCUGGGCAGAGAGUCUUCGUUAUAGGCAUCCUGAUCUAGAUUGCAUGAGUGGUUUGCGACGCAUUACCAUGAACUGUAACACAUUAAUUGGUGAUACUGGAGCUAUUGCCUUUGCAGAUGCCCUCAAAGAUGAUCUUUGGCUGAAAGCCCUUGAUUUGCAGCAAUGUGGAAUUUCUAAUAAAGGAGCCAAAGCUUUGCUUGAUAUCUUGCAGACCAAUAGUACUCUAAUUGUAUUGGAUGUUAGAAAAAACCCAUUAACUGAUCGAUCUUUAACAAAAUCCAUUAUUGAAAGGAUAUUGCUGAACGGAAUUGGAGUCACUUCUGAGUACAAAUGGCUAGCACUAACAUCUUCUAGAGAUCCUGCUAAACAAAAGCAAAGAAGAAAAACUGUGAAGUUGAGACAUGGUUUGAAAGGAAGAGCUACUAUUCGUAUAGUUAUAUGGAAGUGUUGUGGUACAAAGAGGUUUACAGAGAAUGGCAAGAAAAGUACUCCUGUUUCUUCACAUUUUGACCCAGAACCGCUGCCACCAGGUACAGAGGGGUAUGUACCAUGGCGAACUGCUGCACGUGCUAACCGAUUCAGGACUAUUCAUCUAGACUCGUCACACCAAAAUAGGGAUGUUCAGGCAAGUAAUCCAGUGAAGAUCACAUUGGAGAGUGAAUUAUCUUCAGAAACUGAAGAGGUGAUCUGUACUCCUAAGGCAGAAAUUCAGAUGACUGAUACAGAAAAUUCAUAUAAGACAUUCAAAGUCAAGCAGUAUAAACAGUUAAAGGUAGAACUAAAAGAAUGUCGACUAAGACUGGAAGAAGAAAUUAGAGCGAGGACAAAGGCUGAUGCUCGUUUGAUAGAGCUUGAACUUGAGAAUGCCCGGCUUCGAAAAAUCAAUCUUUCUCUGUCUGAUGCUCUGCACACACAAUCUACCACAAGUACUAUUCUUGAGGAUGAAGGAGUGCUAGAAAGCAUUGAAGCCUCUUUCAAGAAAUUUCAUGCUUUUUUAGAUCUUUUAAAAGAUGCUGGUCUUGGGAAAUUGGCCAGCAUGGCUGGAAUAGACCAAUCAGACUUUGGUCCUGUUGGACAACCUCAGUUAUCAUCCACAUUUGGAAAUGACCACAAAGAGCAAGGAGUUGAAUCAACCAAAGAGAAAAUACUUCAGGAAGCACCACAGAUUACACAGUUGCAGGCUGGAGAUCAAACCUCUCACAAUCAGUCUGAUGCUGCACGAAUCUUUAAUGACUCCACAAAUAUAGCUCUUCAACCUGAAAAUCGAUCACUUGAAUCCAAGUUCAAAAACCGAAAAUGUAGCGACCAGAACUCAGAGAACAAAUUUCUGAAAUCUAAAGAAGCUGUUGGCUGUAAUGAAGAUCAAACAAGCAAGCAAUAUUCAUCCUGGAGGAAUGGCCAACCCCAAGAAUAUGCGGUGGUUCAGAUUUCAGAGAAAUUGCUAAGCCUUUUGGAGGCUGAACAGCCCAUUGCUUCGGACACAGCUAUCACACCAUCAGUCAAGUCAUAGAAGUGAAAUAAUAACAAAGGCAUUUUUUAAUACAUCUUUUUUAAAACCAAGUUAAUUGUCUUGUUGCAGCUGAUAACGAUGCUUCUUUGUUCGCAGCAGGAGGGAAUGAAAAUGAACAAAAGGCUGCUGAUGAAUAUUUUAUGAAAUCUAAAACAGAAUAAAAUAUCCUGAAAUAUUCAUUCCACUGCUAGAGUAUAUAAUGAUUCAUAUGAACUUGUUAAGUGAUGCAAUUGCUCUUCCAUUUUAAACAGUGUAAGUAAUGUUGCAUUGUGAAAGACUUGUAAAAUUUACUGAAUUUGUUACAUUUUUUUCUUAUGAUGGUUAAUAAAAUCCAAAGUCAUAUA